UCUCACUAUCAAGGAGGGACAUAAAACCUGUGUGAUGGUUUAUAUGGCUAAACCCCAUGAUCUUUAAUGAUGCCUAGAUUUUCAUUUGUUUGUAGCCAGCUCUACAAAAUGCUUCAUUUUUCCAUCCUAGUAAUUAACAUUUCAAAUUGCAGCUCAGAUAAUGCAGACACUGUGGCUCAGAAUCAUCUGAAGAUCGCUCAUGUUGGAGACAGUGUUAACUUAACAUGCAAUUUUCCAAAAGAUCAAAGAACCAGCACUGUUUGGGUCAAACAAAGAGUUGGAGAGAAACCCCUUCCAAUCGUUUCAUCAUAUCAAGGUUUACCUGGCGCAUUUGAAAAUGAUUUUAACCAACAUAAGCGCUAUUUUAUUGUAAAAGAUAAUAUCAGUUUUAAUUUGAGCAUCACAGACAUAGAAGAAUCAGACACUGCAACAUACUAUUGCAUUCAACAUUUUUUUAAGUUUACAAUCGGGGACGGAACUGACCUUAUUGUAAAAGGCAGACACCUGAACAUGCAGUCUGACCAUGAGAGAGCUGUGCUAGAUCCAGUGCAUCCAGAAGACUCUGAAGUGGCGCUGCAGUGCACUGUCCUCACUCAGAGCUGUGCAGGAGAACACAACGUCUACUGGUUCAGACGUGAAUCUGGAGAAUCUCCUCCAGGAAUUAUAUUCACUCAGGAACGCAGGAACGCUCAAUGUGAGAGGAGCUCUGAUGUGAACUCUACUGAACACAGAUGUAUCUACAGCCUGCCCAAGAGGAACCUCAGUCACUCAGAUGCUGGGAUUUACUACUGCGCUGUGGCCGCAUGUGGACAGAUACAGUUUGGAGAUGCAAUACCAGUUGACUUACCAGACAAAUGCUUUCAGACACAUUGGAUUACAGCCGCACUGAUUAUGGUAACUUUAUCUGUGAUCGUGAUUAUCAUUAUGGGUGCACAGUUGUACAAGUACUGGCAAAAAGAUGGGAUGCACAACACUCUAAACAGUCAACUUACGGCUGACGAUACAGAUGCUUUGAAUUAUGCAGCUUUGAGCCUUCAACAAAAGCCCUCCACCUGUAGAAGACCUAGAGAAAGAAAAUCGCAAGACAAUUCAUUGUAUGCACAUGUGAUAUAUCAAUAAAUUUUACUUAAAUUAAAAAGUUCUAAAAUUCAGAAGUCUCUAUUUGGAAGCUAUAAAAUUUAGAAGUUAAAAUAGUCAGAAAUCAAGACCAUCAUAUUUUACAAGUUGUGAACUAUUUAGUGUGUGAGUAUUCAAUUAAAUUCUAAUCAGCUAUGUUAGCCUUAAUCAUUAUCGUUUAUUGAUGAAUUUAUAAAUCAAUAAAGUUGCAUCAAAUAAUGUAUUUCAUUAAAAUCAAAAUGUAAUUCAUAUAUAUACUUAUACUACAUGUUCUUCCAGCUGACAACUGCAUUGGUCAUUUAGAGGUAAAUUAUUAUGACACAAAUCCAGAAACUUUGUAAAACUGAAUUUUUAUUUAGUAGCCUAUAAUAGAAUUUAACACCUGUGAUAAAUUCCAUAAACCCAUGAUUUAAGUUACAGCAUCAGUGUUUGCUUUAAACACCAUUGGAUGUUUGCCAUUACCUUAAUUGUGUAUGUAUACAUAAAUAUACAUAUGUAUACACACUCAUGUGGAAUAUAUUGGUACAUACAUUUCUGUCUUAUUGUAACAGCAGAAGCAGUUGUGCAAGUGAUUGGUGAUUAAUACAUUAUAUUAAAAAAAUGUGCUGAAAUUGUGGUAAAUACCUGUCCGUGGUACUGAAUUAACAUUUUAGAGUCAUACUGCUUUUGUAAUGUCCCCUUCAUUAAUGUGACUUCAUUAUAUACUGAAUCUAUCCAGAAAUUGAUGACAUGCUUGUUCACAGAUAUGACUAAGGCCAUUAAUAAACUGUUCAUGUAUUUAGAG